GGCCUAAUUAAUCUUAGAGGAGGGAUUCUUACAUUUUUGGCUGACACACUAGAAAGAAAUAAGGCUGCUGGUCUUAAAGAAGGUGUAAGUGGAGCAAAACGAAAAUACCGCCACUGCAUGGUCACUUUUGAAGAUAUGCAAUUGUAAAAACCAUCCCUAGACCCAGGCCGCCUCGUUAACAUUAGUUAUUUCGCGCUCUGCAUGCUAAUUUAUUAUUCAGUCUGCGAGUCACAUUAUUCAAGUUAGUUAUCAGUUGUCCGUUGUCAGUCAAGUUUCGUAGUCAAGUUUCGUAGUCAAGUUUCGCUUCUACGGCCCUUAUCCCGUCACGUCUGGUACGUUCUUUAUUCUAGUUGUGUUUGCUUAUUAGUUUAUGCUUCCUUGUGUUCGAUUUCUCCGAGUAAUUUUAUUUUAUUCAUCUAUUUAGAAACCACAUUGGCAAUUACGUAACUAUGGUGAGACAUUAAAUCGAAGUGAAAACCUAUUGCUGGUGUGCGUCGUCUAUAGCAAUGUUAUUUUACUGAAGAAGAUUUUCAUCAACGUAACAUCGAUGAGCACAAACAACAUUUGCUAAAACUGGAAGGUGCUGCUUCUUAAUGUCUGGGAGAUUUUUAUUCUAAACAUUAUGGAAUUAAUAGUAGAACUGUGCUGCUUGAAUCACCAUACUUUGAUCCUUGUGAACAACUUGUUCAAGAUAUCAUGCAUGUCUUUCUUGAAGGGAUUUUAUGUGAGAUAAGGCUUCUCCUAAACUACUGUAUAAAUGAAAUUAAAGUAUUUAAGUUGAUAGAUUUGAAUUCCAGAAUACAAGGAUUUCCAUAUGGGUUCUCCAAUAGCAAAAUUAAGCCAGCAGUUAUUUUGGAUAAGGAUUUACAACAAGGGCCUUCUACAAAUACGGGACAAAGUGCCACUCAGAUGUGGCUUCUUUGUAGUGUGUUGCCUUUUAUUCUCGCUGAAUUCGUAGACAUUGACACUGACAGAUAGAAAUGUUUUAUUUCCAUCAUUGAAAUUGUCUCUUUGUUUUGCCCAUAAGAUCUCCAUAGCUGCUACUGUAUACUUGAAAAAAGCUAUCAAAGACCACUUGACCCUCUUCAAGACUGUGCAUAAAGACAUAGACAUUACACCAAAACAACUCUAUCUUGUUCAAUUGCCUUCUCUAACUUUGAAAUUUGGUCCUUUAAUCCGUUCA